AUGUCCACCGCGCUCGCCUCUCCCGAAGGGUGGCGCUUGCCUGCGGAGCGCAUCGGCUACCCGCCGGACUGUGACCAGAAUUGGCUGCUGACCAGCACGGUGGCUCCCGUUGUCAACGACCUCAUGGCCAGCGCCGUGAGCAGCAUUCUGCCGGCAGACGGCAGCGGGAGGCCUCUGCCCGCGCGGCUCUUCACAGACGGCUGGCUGCGCGCAGAGACCAAUCUCGGAGGCCCGGUAGUCGACUUUUCAAACCUUGGUAUCACGAGCCUCGUCCCCGGCGAGGUGACGCAUGCUCUUUGCCGGAACGACAGGGAGUGGUACGCGAGGCAGCCCCUUACCACCAAGGUGGCCAACGUGCGCCUGCCCGAUCACCUCUACUUUAUCGUCGCGGGGAUCGAGGCGCAGGUCUCCUUCAACUUUACCGUCAGUCAGAGGCUGCCGCUGGGCGGGCCGCUCCACAUCGCCAACGGAGCCGGCAACGCCACUCUGCGUGGCUUCCUCGGGAUGGAUGUGGACGGCGGCGCCAUCGGCCGGUGCGAGGGCAGCCUGGGCGUGCAGCCGUGGAGCAUCUCGCAGCUCCACGUCUUUGGCGUCGGCUUCUCCGACGCGUUUGUCAGGGCCGCAGUCGGCGCCGUCCUGCCGUUGCUCGUGGGCGAGAUCCCGGAGCUGCUCUGCCGCGGCGAGGCGUCGACUGUCAGCGCGCGCAUCGUCGACGAGACGGGACGGGCGCGCGCCUUCGGCGGUCUGCCAGAGCUCGCCAACGCAAAGCUGACGCCCGUCCUCGCGCCGCUCCGCGCGCUGGACCUCGUGGUCGGGCCGGAUCACCUGAAACGCGCGCGCCGCGACAGGGAGCGGCUCGCCCAAGGGCAGUCGUAUGCCGCCAUCAUCUUUGCCCUUGCUGAGAAGCGCCGAGUGGACGGAGGGUACUACCCAGCAAGCGCAAGGCGGGUGCGGCAGGCUGCAUGCGCCGCUGCAGUGCUUGGCAAAGCGCUCGAGCGGCUUGAUCCGCGGAGGCCCCGAACGGCAAUCGUCCACAACCUGGGGAGAGAAGAGCUCGGCAUUCUCACACAUGGCAAGCUGUGGCGGCUGCACCGGUGGAGGACGCCUCUAGACGGGCUCAACAACAAGAACCCGCUCUGGUCUCUCCCGUUUGCGCGGGUCAUGUACUUUGACACCGACCACCUGCCGCUCCUCACCGGCAGCGCUGAGCGGAUCGAGCUGCGGCGGGCGUCGUUCGAGCAGGCGUGGAGCGAGCCAGGCGAGCUUCGGGCGUUGGGCGAAGUCAACGCAAAGACGGGCCUACUCUGCUUCAACGGAGGGCUCCUACUGCUGAGGCCGGCGGCCGCCUCGGCGGCUCGGCUAGAGGCGGCCUCAAACAUGUCGGCACGGCUCGUCGGCACGCCGCCCUCACAGUGGGGGCGCAGGGUGGCCGCGUUCAACCAAGGGGCAGCCGUGCCCUUUGAGGGCAACCUCUCGCGCUGCUCGCACCCCGGAGGCGACCAGGUGCCGCUCAAUGCCGCCUUCCAGCACAACUGGGCGCCGCUCAACCUCACCUCGAUUGACCCCUACAGCUGUGGGUGGGCGGUGGCAGGUGGUGGCGGCGACAGUGGCGACCAGCCCGCCCGCUUCAGCCAGCUCGACGCCUACCACUCGUUCCUCAACACGCUGCCGCUGCAGCUCGGCGCCUCGUGCAACGAGAGCGCCGCCGCCGCCGGCGUCGCACAGCCGAUUUGCAAAGUACUGGUGGGAGCUGUUCCGGUCCUUGCCGAGCCGGACUCGGGUGGUGUGCUCGAGAUGGGGCGGGGGCAGUAA